CAUGUUCCUGCCCGUGAAAUUCCUCAGGUUGGACUCUUUUUGUUCGAGUGUUUGGACCAAGGCUGAGUGAAUAUCUCCAGAGAUAGUAGGCUAAAUGAUAACCUGCCUCAAAGACACAGUGUGCGUAGGGGUGCAGACUAAGACCACUGAGGUCUGAAUCUGAUUUUUUCCCCCACUUCUCUAGCUUUGUUGAGUAAAAAGGGCAGCGAGAGUGAAACUCCAUGGAAAGGAGAGGAAGGAGGAGGAAAACUAGGAGGAGCUGAGGACGGAGCAGAGCAAUGUGGCAAAACUCUCAACUCCUCUGCCAACGAGAUCAGUAAACUUGAGUUUGUAACGCGGAGAAAGUGAGAUGGAGGGAGAGAAGGAGAGACAGAGGCAGCAGAGGGAGGAGAAAGAGAGUAAUGAGGCUGAAGAUGACAGGAGGAGCGACGAUGAUGCUGACAACGAAGAGGAGGAGGAUGAAGAUUCGGAGGGUGCAGCGCUGGUCUGGCAGGAAGGCUAUGGUGAGGACAAUCUGGGCCUUCCCAUAAUGCACUGGGAAGCACUCAGCUUGCGCAUCGCUGAGCUGGAGAAGCAAGAAGAGGAGAAGAAGGAGAAAAGGGCAAAGAGUGGAGUUUCUCUGGAGAGAGGCAGAGCUCCAGUGAGCUGGGCCGAAGAGAGAGGCAGGAGGGCAGAGAGCUGGGAAGACGGAGACGAUGCCUGCAACAGCCACGUGCUGGCGCUCACUUCCCGCCUGCAGACACAGAUGAAUCUUCAGCUCUGCUUCAUCAACAACAGUGAAAGUGAGGAGGAGGAGGAGGAGAAGGAAGGAGAUAUCAGCAAGAAGGAAAGCUCCAACACAUGGAGAGCGUCUGUUCAGGUUCCUAAGAAUCCUCAGCCUGCGUCCAAGACAGAGAAACCAAAAUCCAGGGGCUUCAGGAACACUCUGAGGAACCUACGAGACAGACUGAGAAUAGACCACAAAACACUGACUGCAGCACGUAGUGAUCCCGUAAUCCAGAGGCGACAUUUGGAGCGCCGUGAUUUACAGAGCUUCAGUGUGGAGGAGCUAAAUGCUCUUUGUACAUCUCUUAGCAAGACCAUACAAGACCUGAGCUCAGAGCUAGUUGGUCGUCUCCAGGUUCGGGACCAGCUGAGGACAGAGCAGGACGCCAUGCUGCUGGAGGUCCAGGAUCUGACAUCACUGUGAAACCUGCUUUUCACACCCAGCUGAUGUUGAUUUGUUGUAGCCCCUCCCUCCCCAAACAUCUCAAUCUGACCAAAAUCUGAAGUCUGACCUGCCAAUCACUGUCACUCCCUGAAAGGUCAUUUUCUGUGCUGGAUGUUUCUAAAGGACAUUUUGUUUCACUAAAAGACAGACACCAGCUGUGGUUUCACCUGUCACCUGUCUGAGGCAUGGCAAAGCCUUAAGGUACCGUAAGCUGAGCUGGACACAAGAUCCAAGCAGUGGAAAGACACUAGUUGAGGAUCAGUAACCUGUUUUAUCUGUGCGUCCACAGGAAAUACAUUGGGUCAUGUUAAACCAGCUUAACACCAUCAAGCCACCAAGUGGCGAGGUGAUGAGAGGACAGAGCUGCUCACCAUUAUCUGACAGCUUUUGUUUUUACAGCAAUCUCAUCUGUGCUGACAGCUUAUAUCGCACACUACAAGAUGUGGAGGAGAAACCAUCCUCAGGCUCUGAUGCUCACUUCUGACAGUGGCAUUUACAGAGGAAGGAACACAGCUGAAAGUCAACACACAAAGCAGAAAGAUUGAACCCCCCUGUUUUUUUUAACACAGAAAUGUCUGUAUGUAACAUUUUGACAUCCUGUGUUGAUGUACCAUUACCCUGUGUGUGGAGUUUUAUUACUACAGAGAAAUGUUUUGAUCAGCAGGUCUCUGUUAUGUUUGGAUCCUGUUGCACACACAGGAACUCCAGGUGGCGUGAUACAUAUUCCCAAUGAUUCCACCAAUCGUGGCAGUAACAUGCUAAGAAUCCCAGCUAGUAAACCUAUGUAUGGACACAAAUAACAGAUUUUUGUAUGUUUUUUAAAACCAGCCUUGUGAAGAGGAAGAGAGAGAGAAAUUACCUUCAUUGUAUUGGUUACACCCCAAAGGUGUGUUUUGGAUUGUGAAAGUGAGACUGAAAGAAAGUGUGUUUACAGGAAGUUGCACAUCGGGAAAGUCUACUGAAAGAGAAAUAUACUCAAAUUGAAAUCAAAAUUUUACUCCCAAUCAGUGAAGUGAGGAUAACAAGGGAGGCCUGUUAAGGCUUGCGUUAAGGCUUUAACAUGUUGCUGUGUUUAGCAUAAUUUCUUAAGGUUUGAACUGCAAUAUAAAAGGAAUUAAUGAUAAGAAGCUGCUAAUUCUGCCAACUGAACAAUAUGUCUUUUGUGGUUUUCUACUUAAUUUCAUGUUCUUUUCAGAAAAUGUUGUCUUUGUGUAGGCUUUUUAGGCGAAGUCUUAAACGUGCUCUUAUGUACAACAAAUGAAGCACAUUUUUAUUUUUCUUCUCCAAAGUGCUUGUUCUGGAUAUGUAAGGGAAGAUAUUUUAAUCUUUUUGUUCAAUCAGUUUGUUUUUUUGUGAGUUUUUUGAUAAGUUUUUUGAUAUUUUUCAUGUAAGAAACACCAUAUAAAAACAUUGUCUACC